AUGCGAAGAAGCGCCGACGGCUCUGUACCGGAAGAGAUCUGUAAACAGCAAGGGUGCUCUGUGCCGUUGCCUUCGACGACAUGUCUGUCACUUUCGCGUGCGUCUCUCCCUCUUCCCCCUGAGGCCUCGACGGUGGGAAUCCCCAACAAGGGCGUGCCCGGCUUCAGCCUCCUGGAGGCCAGAUGCCUGUCCGGCGUUUUGAAUUCUUUCCAGCGCAAGAAAGCAAGGAAGUGGCCGCCGAUCCCUACCCGGAUCUGGGAGUCGAGCCCGAGACCUGAACGCAAAGCCCCAGUACUCCAUGAGCAAACCACGGCUCUCCUGAGCUCUCCGAGGCCGAAGGAGAAGCAACUCCAAGUAGAGGAUGACAUCAAGUUCGAGGACUGCCCAGAAGGAGUUGACGAGGAUAGCUUCAACCGAAUGCUUGAGCUUCGGGCAGAGAAGCUUCGAGCAGAGGCUGAAGUUGCCCGCGGUGUCGGAGCCGCAGCUGCUGUUCUCAGUGAGAUGGGCGGCUUCCUCGGGCAUUUGGAGCGCGAGCCGUCUGCUCAGAGCUUCCGAGCCUGCGGGUGCAUGGAGGCCAAAGCCGAGAAUGACCGGCUCGAGAGGGAGCUCCGCGAGCACAAGGCGCUGAUGGGCCGAGAGCUCUACGACAUCGAAAUCCUCUUCAAGCUGAAGCAGGGUCAGGUCGAAGUCCCACAAGCAGCAGUGGUCACGGACUACUCAGAUGCCAUUGUUAUCGAUCAGGAGGUCGUGGAGUCACGCAAUCGGCGCAUCACAGAACUGGGCAAGGACAAGGUGCACAUCCUCACAAAGAUCAAGGAGUUCAGAAAGUCUUUGAGCACACUGGACUGGGAGCAUGAGAUGCUGGCACUUCAGACGACAGAUCUCGAGGAGCGUACCAAAGAUGUACACAUGCUUCGAGUGACAAAGGACCUGCAGUCGCUGCUGAAGGGCGGUGAGGAAGGCAGAAACAAAGCGGAGUCGGAUCUGCUGGAACGCAAGAUCGAGCAUCUGAGCGAAGCGACCGAGAAGAAAGAGCAGGCAUUGAAGAAGCAGUAUUCGAUGCUUGCCCAUGCAGCAAAGCUCAGUGGCUUGACACAAGGGAGAGUGUGGGACAUGAAGCUUCGAGAACUCCAGCAGAAUGUGAUUCAGCGGGAGCACAUUCGACGCCUGCGUGCGCCCUCCGGCCAACCACAAAAGACAGGAGGUGGCGGUCGCGUUGAGGACCGCCUCUUUUCACCGAUAGUUGCCCAUGUAGCCCUUCAUAGCUAUUGUCAAGCUCGCCGUGAUCUGAUAAGAAAGCUUGAUGGGCAGCUCCUAUCCACGGCCUCCCCUCUCCAUCUCCCGCCCUCGCCUCCCUUGCUGGCUGUCCCUGGGCUUGUCAUUGUGCUUUCGCUGGACGGGUGCUGGACAAGUCAAUCACGGUUUGCUUUUAUUGAAUCUGAAGAUAACGGUUAA